AUGAAGGCAUUUUUGAUUUUUGUGGCCGUUUCCGUACUACAAAAGACCAGGGCUGAAGACGGAUUCUUACCGUCCUACAUCCACCCCUGCAGUAUAGCUGAUCCCAAAUUUUCUGAUUGCGUGAAAGAACAAAUAGUUGAAUGUCUUCCGCACUUCACGAAGGGUAUCCCGGAGUACGGCGUGCCUUCCAUAGACCCAGUGGAUCUUAACGACAUUAUCAUAGACGGGAAUGGACUCAAGCUGAAAUUCACUGACGCUCAGAUGCAUGGACUCAGCAAAAUUGAUCUGACCGGAUUUAACCUGAAGUUAGGUGACAAUGAAGAAUCAUUUGAACUUAAAGUUAAAGGAAAUUUAAGUUUAACAGCGCAGUACACAGCUGAUGGUCAAAUAUUAAUACUUCCGAUCAGAGGUCAUGGCGACGCGUUAAUUGAUUGUGACGGUAUCGAAGUGCAAAUCAAGAGUAACCUGAGCCAUGUGAAGGACGAUAAGGGAACUCAUUUCAAACUGGUGGCACCGAAUUAUAAGUACGACAUCACUAACACUAAAAUUGACCUCAAGAACUUAUUCGAUGGAAACAAACAACUAGCUGAAACUACAUUGAAAUUCGCCAACGAGAACUGGCGUCAAUUAAUGGACGACCUCGCACCACCAGCCAUCAAACAGAUUGUCAAGACUAUAGUUAAGAACAUAAAUAAAUUCUUCUCGAAAGUAACUAUUCAACAGAUCAUUCACGGAUACCAAGAAAAACAAUGA